AUGACCCCAGCUCGAGGUGGCCUUCUGGUGACUUUAUUAAUUUGUCUAUCAGGUCCAUGUUCUGGGCAAUACUCUCAGACGUUGGCUGUCCCUUACAUGGUGGAGAGCAAUUGCACAGGCAAUGAGUAUUUCAACGCUCGCACUCUGAGCUGUCAACCUUGCCUGGCAGAUACUGUACCAUCAACAUCCAAAUUAUCUUGUGAAUGUCCACCUGGAUCUAUCAUCCUCGAAAUCACACCCGUUGGAAUCCAAUGUCGAGCUUGUCCAACAGGUCUGUACGCAUCGCCCUCAUCGCUGGAAUGCAUUUCAUGUCAAACACCACCGUGCUGCCCAGCUGAUUCUAUCUACAGAACUCGGAAUGCUGAUGGAUCGAGUCUUCUUGCAGCUAGUAACACAACUGCUGCUCAGAAUGGCCAAUGUUUCACCUGUGUCGAAGGGACACAACCUAAUAUUGACGGCACAAUCUGCCAGCCAUGUGGAACACUAGACUGCUUCUGCAAGGCUCUUGCUAACCUCUGUGUGCUCCAAAAUUUCGACACCUCUGAUGGAACGGCUUGCGACGCUCUCGAUAAUAUCAAGAGCCGUCAAACAGAAGCCCCAGCACCGACGCUUUUCUUCCUUGGGGACACUGAUACUGAGCUGCAUCGGGAUCCUGCUAUUUUACAGCGGUUUACUUUCGGCAAUGAUCCAACUGGCGUACUAGACAUCCUUCUCACGCGGUAUGCACUUAAUGGAACAUUUCUGGGAAUAUCGAAGGCUAGCACCGUUCUGCAGCAAUGUGCGUAUUCUGAAAUCAAUCACGCUUUCCAGUUUGGUAGAAGGUAUAGUGAGAUCAUAUUCCUUUCGUUUACGAGCUAG